AUGCAGGCCGCGCGCGCUGGGACGAGGCUUCUGCUCGGGCCGUGGGCGCGCGGCGCGUGGGCUCGGACCCGGAGCCACGCGACGGCUGCCCGGCUGGACUUCAGCGGGAUUUACCCGCCGAUCGCGACCCCUUUUACGGCCAGGGAGGCCGUGGACUACGAGAAACUGGAGGAAAACCUGCAGAAGUACGCCACCGUGCCGUUUAAAGGUCUGGUGGUCCAGGGCUCCAACGGCGAGUACCCGUUCCUGACCGAGGAGGAGCGGCUGGAGGUGGUCAGGACGGCCCGCCGCUCACUGCCCGCGGACAAGCUGCUGGUGGCGGGGUCAGGCUGCGAAUGCGUGUGGGUGGAGUUCAAGUGCGGAGCGGCUGUGCUCAGAUGUGGGCGUGAUGAGGACAAACAGAAAAACAAGGGAUUACGGAUCACACGGAUCGGGCUGAUCGUCCACAAAACCAAGACGCAGGAUUUCCAGGUGUUAGCGGGCUCGGCCGGGUUCCUGAUGGCCGCCUAUUGUGUCGGUGCGGUGGGGGGCGUGUGCGCGCUGGCUAACGUGCUGGGUCCGGAGCUGUGUGAGCUGGAGCGUCUGUGCGUGGCCGGACGCUGGGAGGAGGCCCGCGCCCUGCAGCAGCGCCUCAUCGAGCCCAACGCCGCCGUGACCAGGAAGUUGGGAGUUCCCGCCCUCAAGCAGGCCAUGCAGUGGUUCGGUUUCCACGGCGGCGCCUGCCGGUCGCCCCUGCGGCCGCUCACCGAGGAGGAGACCCGGCAGCUGAGAGGGGCCUUCAGCUCCAACGGGUGGCUGUGA